CCUCAGCAGCAGCUGCAGUAGCAGGUUGGACCAUGGCAGCAGGAGUAGCAGCUUGGUUGCCAUUUGCACGGGCAGCAGCCAUAGGAUGGAUGCCAGUGGCCACAAAUCCCAUGCCAGCUGCUCCCCGGCAGGAGAGAAAGCGAAGCCAGGACUCUCUGAUUGUGCUGAACGUGAGUGGUACCCAGUUCCAGACAUGGCAGGACACCCUGGAGCGCUAUCCUGAUACACUGCUGGGUAGCUCGGAGCGGGACUUCUUUUACCACCCAGAGACACAGCAGUACUUUUUUGACCGGGAUCCUGACAUCUUCCGUCACAUCCUCAACUUCUAUCGUACAGGGAAGUUGCACUACCCUCGACAAGAAUGUAUAUCAGCUUAUGACGAGGAGCUGGCCUUCUUUGGUAUCAUCCCUGAGAUCAUAGGUGACUGCUGCUAUGAGGAGUACAAGGAUCGCCGGCGUGAGAAUGCUGAGCGCCUGCAGGAUGAUGCAGAUCAGGAUCAUGCGGCUGAGUGUUCCCUGCCUUCAAUGACAACUCGGGAGAGAAUGUGGCGGGCCUUUGAAAAUCCACACACAAGUACACUGGCCCUGGUCUUCUACUAUGUCACUGGCUUCUUCAUUGCUAUCUCUGUCAUUGCCAAUGUGGUGGAGACAGUGCCCUGUGGGGUAAACCCUGGUCGCAUCAAGGACCUGCCCUGUGGGGAGCGCUAUGCUGUGGCUUUCUUCUGCCUGGAUACUGCCUGUGUCAUGAUCUUCACUGUUGAGUAUCUGCUGCGUCUGGUGGCAGCCCCCAACCGCUACAAGUUUGUGCGCAGUGUCAUGAGCGUUAUUGAUGUAGUGGCCAUCAUGCCCUAUUACAUUGGCCUGGUGAUGACAGAUAAUGAGGAUGUCAGUGGGGCCUUUGUGACACUGCGUGUCUUCCGUGUCUUCCGGAUCUUUAAGUUUUCCCGCCACUCACAGGGGCUGCGCAUCCUGGGUUACACACUAAAAAGCUGUGCCUCGGAAUUGGGCUUUCUCCUCUUUUCACUUACCAUGGCCAUCAUCAUCUUUGCCACGGUCAUGUUCUAUGCAGAGAAAGGUUCAUCGUCCACCAAGUUCACCAGUAUCCCUGCGGCCUUCUGGUACACCAUCGUCACUAUGACAACGCUGGGGUAUGGUGACAUGGUGCCGAAGACAAUAGCUGGGAAGAUUUUUGGUUCAAUUUGUUCCCUGAGUGGGGUCUUAGUCAUUGCUCUGCCAGUUCCUGUAAUUGUCUCCAACUUCAGUCGUAUCUACCACCAGAAUCAACGAGCAGACAAGCGCAGGGCACAAAAGAAAGCCAGACUUGCUAGAAUUCGAGCAGCAAAGAGUGGGACUGCUAAUGCUUACAUGCAGAGCAAACGAAAUGGCUUACUGAGUAACCAGCUUCACCAGUCCAACAAGGAAGAAGAACAGAACUUUCUUAGCAAAUCUGGCUCUUCCUUUGAAACACAGCACCACCACCUGCUUCACUGUCUGGAAAAAACCACGGGUUUAUCUUAUGUUGUGGAUGAUCCCAUCUUAUCAAUAAGCUGUUCAACACCAUUUAAGAAUCACGAGUUUGUGGAUGAACAUGUCUAUGAAGACAGCUGCAUGGAGGUAUCUACAGUCAAUCGAUCCUCAAGCGACAGCCCCUCUCUCUCUUCCCAACAAGGCGUUACCAGCACUUGUUGCUCAAGACGACAUAAAAAGACUUUCCACAUUCCAAACACCAAUAUAACUGGGAGCCGCCCAGGCAGCAUACAAGAACUUAGUACCAUUCAGAUCAGAUGUGUGGAGAGAACAUCUCUAUCUAACAGCCGAUCCAAUUUAAAUGCCAAAAUGGAAGAGUGUGUUAAACUAAACUGUGAGCAGCCUUACGUCACAACAGCAAUAAUCAGCAUCCCAACACCCCCAGUGACCACACCCGAAGGGGAUAAUAGGCCAGAAGCACCCCCAUAUUCAGGAGGAAAUAUUGUCAGAGUAUCUGCUUUAUAAAACAAUUAGAAUAAAGACCACUUGCCAGCUGAGCUCUAGCAAUGAGAAGAGUUCUGGAGAAGGAGAGAGCUGGAAAAGACAAUACCCCCUUGGUCAGUGUUACCACAGCCACAGAUUGAAGGGGUCAGAAGAAUUAAAACAUUUUGGGUUUCAGUGUUGUACUGCGUGAAGCAGGCAACCAGAGUUUCUACACAGCGUCUGAACGGUUAUACAGCGCAAUCUUCUGUGACCAUUUUGACUUACUAUAUGAGCACAAUGAAAUGUCCCCCAUUGAUGCUUCUUAUUACCAUGGGAACUUUUUAAAAAAAAUAAACAAAACAAACAAAAAAUACCCCACGUUUGAACAUUAUGUUCCGACUGAAUGCAAAACAACAAUGAAAAACAUUUUGAUAACUUCAUUUUUUCCUGUUGA